UAUAUACAGAGAGAGAGAAGACUAGUAGUAAACCGGACCACGCAUUCGUACGAGUCCUUCUCUCUCUUCUUCUCCGUCAGCCAUGGCCAUGGAAUGUUCAGCCACACAGCUCAGCCAACUGGCUCAGUUCCUUGGCUCGAACACCACAAACGCCGCCGGCGCCGCUGCCUUGAUCUGUAAUCGGUUUAGCGUCGUUUCCGACAAAUAUAAAGACGCCACUUUCGCCAUUGACACCACUUACCUUCUCUUCUCUGCUUACCUCGUCUUCUCCAUGCAACUCGGCUUCGCCAUGCUCUGCGCUGGUUCGGUCCGAGCCAAGAACACCAUGAACAUCAUGCUCACCAACGUCCUAGACGCCGCCGCCGGGGGUCUCUUCUACUACUUGUUUGGUUUUGCUUUUGCCUUUGGAACGCCUUCUAAUGGCUUCAUCGGCCGUCAGUUCUUUGGUCUUGACCAGAUCCCUGCGGAAAAUUUCGAUUACAGUAAUUUCCUCUACCAGUGGGCUUUUGCUAUCGCCGCCGCCGGAAUCACCAGUGGCUCAAUCGCCGAACGGACGCAGUUCGUUGCUUACUUGAUCUAUUCCUCUUUCUUGACUGGAUUUGUUUAUCCGGUCGUUUCUCACUGGUUUUGGUCUGGUGAUGGCUGGGCCUCCGCCGCGAGAACUGACGGAAACCUCCUGUUUGGCACCGGAGUUAUUGAUUUCGCAGGAUCUGGUGUUGUUCACAUGGUCGGUGGCAUCGCCGGACUCUGGGGAGCCCUAAUCGAAGGUCCAAGAAUCGGCCGGUUCGGAAAUGGUGGUCGGACAGUCGCACUCCGCGGUCACAGCGCGAGCCUCGUGGUUCUCGGUACCUUCAUGCUCUGGUUCGGAUGGUACGGAUUCAACCCUGGCUCCUUCACAAAAAUCCUAAGCCCUUACAACUCCGGCAGUUACUACGGCCAGUGGAGCGCCGUCGGAAGAACAGCCGUGACCACGACUCUCGCCGGAUGUACGGCGGCUUUAACAACACUCUUCGGAAAGAGGAUCCUCUCCGGUCACUGGAACGUCACCGACGUCUGCAACGGACUCCUCGGCGGGUUCGCCGCCAUAACAUCUGGGUGCUCAGUAGUGGAGCCAUGGGCGGCGAUCAUCUGUGGCUUCGUGGCAGCCGUGGUCCUCAUCUCAUGUAACAAGCUAGCCGAGAAAAUGAAAUACGACGAUCCAUUGGAGGCGGCUCAACUACACGGAGGGUGCGGCGCGUGGGGAAUAAUCUUCACGGCGUUGUUCGCGACGGAGAAGUACGUGAACGAAGUUUAUCCGGGGAAUCUGGGGCGGCCGUAUGGGCUUUUCAUGGGCGGCGGAGGAAAGCUCUUGGGGGCGCACGUGAUCCAGAUUUUGGUGAUAGCCGGGUGGGUCAGUGCCACCAUGGGUCCCCUUUUCUUCAUCUUGCAUAAGCUUAAGUUGCUUCGGAUCUCGCCCGAAGACGAAAUGGCGGGUAUGGAUCUGACCCGACAUGGAGGCUUCGCUUACGCGUACGAUGACCAAGACGAGUCUCAGAAGCACACUUUUCAACUUAGAAAAAUUGAGCCCAAUGCCACAACUCCACCCAAUUAGGUUCUUUCUUUAAGUAAUUUUUUUUAGAUAUUAAUAUUUUUCAUCUACGACUACGAAAAUGUUCUAGAUCAAUAGCUGUAUAAUAUGUUGAUCAUUUCUCUGUGGUUUGGUACUUUUUGUUUAUAUUUUUAUUUAUGUGCUUUCUUGGAAAGUUACUUUUGAGAAUGAACGGUUAAGAUUUAAACAAUUGUGGUGGUUAAUGUUAA